AUGUAUGAGAAGCAAGGGGAUGAAGGGGAUGAAGGGGAUGAAGGGGAUGAAGGGGAUGAAGGGGAUGAAGGGGAUGAAGGGGAUGAAAUCCUCAUUCGAUGUAAUUACGCUGCCGGGUUUGGGAAUGUGGAGUUGCAGUUCUGCCCGUCAACGCAUAAGUGGACGGCGCGAUACUGCCAAGAAAACGUCAAGGACGACGAUAGAAAAUGCGACACGAGUUACGGAGUGACCAAGUGCUACUGCGACGAGGACGACUGCAACCCGGCCUCCCUCUCGCGCGUCAGUCCAUUCCUGUUGCCUUUCGCCUCCCUCGCCUGGAUGGCGACUCGAUUCCUGGAUGCGUGAGAGCGGGCCCUCGGCCCGCCCUCGGCAGCGCGGGAUGCACGUGUGUGAAUUCGAGCCAUGUGAUUGGACGAGACCUCUGAUUGGACGAGGAUAUCCCUUGCACUCUUCUAGGGUUAUUUUACGGUACCUUGAUUUUCGAGCAAUAAAACCAGCAAUCCGUUCA